GGGUGGCCAGGAGCACAUGGAAAGAUUGCUGCUUUGCCAAGGAAUUGAGUAUCACCGUGCAGCAUAGCUCCAUGUGGGGUGAGUCGCUAACAAUCCGAGCUGCUUUUCAAAGCAUGAAUGGAAGUCAGGAUUUAAGCAGCUAGAGGAUCAGCAUCCCAUUUUUCUCCCACUUCUGCAGUGUUGUUUUUCCCAGGGGACACCCUGAAUUCGUAAUUCACUGCUGGUACAACUUGCCCUGUGAUUGUGGUCCCUUUCCCUGCCCUCGCUGGGUUGGGAUGGGAGGUAGAGGCACCCAGUGUCCCCUGGAAGGGCAGGAGUGACGUGCAGGCUGCUUUCUCCUGGUGGCAUCCCCAAAAAAACUCAGGCAGGAUGCCAGCGGGGCUGGGAUCACUUUUGCAGAGGAGGUCAUAGCACUGACCCCUGAGCUGUAUCUUGGGCAUGAGGUAAACAGCGUCUUCCCUUCAGGUUUAGGUCAGCACUGGAGGCGGGCAGGAAAACAAAGCAGGAGCCAGCUGGAGAGGAGUAUUGGUGCCAGGCAGCUUUGUCUGGAGCCCAAGGGAUGGAGCAAAGGUGGCUUCAGGGUGUCAGGAGCACUCCAAGUCCCUCUUGGGCAUGCCCCUCUGCCGCCAUGGUGGGUCUGAAGCCCCCCGAGGUGCCCCCGACGGCCGCCAUGAAGUUCGUCAGCGCGGGGAUGGCCGGCUGCGUCGCUGACCUGUGCACCUUUCCUCUGGACACCGCCAAGGUGCGGCUGCAGGUCCAGGGCGAGGUGAGGAUCCCCCAGACCAUCGGCUCCGUGGAGUACCGGGGUGUUGUGGGGACGCUGAGCACCAUGGUGAGGACGGAGGGCGCCCGCAGCCUCUACAGAGGGCUGGCAGCCGGGCUGCAGCGCCAGAUGAGCUUCGCCUCCAUCCGCAUCGGGCUGUAUGACUCCGUGAAGCAGCUCUACACCCCCAAGGGUGCUGAGAACAUAGGCAUGAGCACGCGGCUCCUGGCUGGCUGCACCACGGGGGCUGUGGCCGUGGCCUGCGCCCAGCCCACGGAUGUGGUCAAGGUGCGGUUCCAGGCGAGAGCCCUGUCAGACAGUGCCCGCCGGUACAGCAGCACCGUGGAUGCCUACCGCACCAUCGCCAGGGAGGAGGGCAUCCGCGGGCUCUGGAGAGGGACGAUGCCCAACAUUGCCCGCAAUGCCAUCAUCAACUGCGGGGAGCUCGUCACCUACGACCUCCUCAAGGACGUGCUGCUGCGGACACAGCUCAUGACAGACAACGUCCCGUGCCACUUCGUGGCCGCCUUUGGCGCCGGGUUCUGUGCCACAGUGGUGGCGUCCCCGGUGGACGUGGUGAAGACGCGGUACAUGAACGCCAGCCCCGGGCAGUACCGCAGCGCCCUGAGCUGCCUCCUGGCCCUGCUCACGCAGGACGGCCCCGCCGGCCUCUACAAGGGCUUCGUCCCGUCCUUCCUGCGGCUGGGCUCCUGGAACGUGGUGAUGUUUGUGUCCUACGAGCAGCUGCAGCGCGCCAUGGCGCUGGCCCGGCCGGGCCUGGCCUGAGCCCCCGGCACAGCAUCCAGCAGAGUAAUUCAGCAAUUAUAUUAAUUGCCAAAGCGCCGGGGAGUAGCGGAGCCACACGCUCGGGGAGGUACCGGAGAGACAGCAGAAAAGAUGCUGUUUGAGGAGAAACGUGGGAGAACGGAGGUUUUCAGAGAAGAGUUUUAAGGGAUGAAGGAAAAAUUGUUGGUUGGCUUUCCAGCCAGGGAGAACAGCACUUCCCAAGGGCAGUGGUGUGGGCAGAUGGGACCAAGCUGAGGGCCAGGGAAUUCCCGUUAUUCCUUACUGGCGCUUACAAUAAACUGCCCCUAUGGGGUCUGAUCA